AUGCCUAAACACGGCACGGCCUGCGAUGACAGGUCCCUCCGACCCGGUUGGACAACAACACCGCCUGGGCGGCUGGGCGCAGCCGCUUCGUCUUGUCCAGGACACGACUUCCACCGGCCUGAGGACAGCUCGACAACCUGCUCCCUCCAGGAUCGCCCCCAGGCCAUCGACGCUCGACGGCCUACAACGUCCAGAGCAACAACAGCCGGUGCUAAGCUAGACAUCUCCACUGGCGGCGGCGGCGGCGGCGGCGCUGGGACCCCCGCCGAUUUCGAUCGCCCUGCGGCUCGGGUCCUAAGCGAGGACGCCGGCAGCGGCGCCGUCGCCCCGCCAUGCGAACCCCGUCCAGACCUGCAUGAUGGACAAGCGACAGACACCGCUGCUGCGUUCAAUGCCUCCGAUCAAUCGGCAAUUGAACCUCUCCCUCAGUCGCAAGGCGGACCUCGCCAUUCCCAAAUCCGGAUCAAUGCAGCAACAGACAGCAGCACGUUCACCCACAGCCGCUGGCGAGCGCCCUGCUCGUGGCUGCAGUUCCCGCCCGAGAUCCGCAACAUGAUCUACACCUGGUCCCUCCAGCUCCCAGACUCGCGGACCCUGUACUCGAGCUACUACGCCCCGGACCCGGACCCGGACCCGGGCCCGGCUCACAAGCACAAGGCCUCCGGAGGAGCGGACCAGCCCCCCUCUCUCCGGCAUCAACCAUUCAGACCCCGCCUCCGCACCCCGACGAUCCUCCUCCUCUGCCGGCUCAUCACGGCAGAGUGCCUCCCGAUCCUGCGCUCGGGGUGGCUCGUCAUCGACCGACCGCCGCCCUGGCCGCCGGGCCGCCCGCAGCCCUCGCCCCUGACGGCCUUCAUCACCCCCUCGACGCUGCAGCACCUGCGGCGCAUCGACGUCCGGCCCUCGCUGGCCCAGGGCCGCUUCGGCAGCUGGUGGGCCUGGCGCGGCGUGGUCGAGGAGCUCGUCGCCGUGCUGCUCGAGCGCAACUCCUUCGCCGAGCUGCGCGUCCUGCUCAAGAUGCACAACGUCGGGCGGCCCAACGUCUGGCAGGCCGAGUGGCUCGGGCAAAAGUCCCUCUUGAAAAAGGUGAGAAACGGCCCAGAUACAUACAUCCCCAAUGCCACCAUCUCUAUCAAAGAGCUUCAGAGUUCCAACCCUCGUUUCUGGAAACCUGGCUUGAUCCGUGUCGAGGUCUGGAGGGUCGACGAGUACGAGGCGACGAAGCUGCACCCAGGGAAUCUACUUGAGAACUACGAGCUUGACCUCGAUCGCAUGGAGGAGAUACGAUCAUAUCCAGAUGCCGAGUUUUGGCCUGGUUCGGUCCUGGAGUUCUUAUGA